AUGGCUAUUUCGAGAGUCUUCUUAUCUGACCUAAAGCCCGACAAAUGCUCUUCCAUCGUCGAAGCCCGGCUUCUACGGUUCUGGGAGGCGAGGAACGUCAAACGCGGUGGCGAGCUGAUGUGGGUCGAUAUGCUGCUUAUGGACGUGAAUUCGACUUUGAUGCAAGCUACUAUCAACGCGAAUCGGCUUCCAAAGUUCCGAGAGAGGCUCGCCGCCGGGACGAUGUAUUCUGUUUCUGGCUUUGAUGUGGCUCGCUGUGCUCAGAACUUCAAGCUUGCGGACUCUUCUUUGAUGAUCCGGUUUAGCGAUUCCACCGAGUUUGACGUGUUAUCUGAUCCGGUCUCGCCAAUACCUGCAGUGGGAUUCCGGUUCCGUAACCAAACCGAGUUGGUUGGUUUAGCCAAUACAAACACUCAACUUCUAGCCUCUGAGCAUUUGAUCUCAAUAUUGAACACUGUAGAUAUUAUUGGUGAGAUCGUGUCGGUGAAGAGCACCGUGACUGACCCUCCGGAGGACAAGAACCGUGUCAUGGUCACCGUCAAACUAGAAAAUGAUGUGUCUGUCACUCUUAGUUUGUUCGACGCCCAAGCCGUUUCGUUUCACCAGAAGCUUGGAGGCAUGCGUGGUGAUCCUAAAGUGAUUGUUGCCACAAGCAUAAACCCGAAGAUGGUUGGAGGUCGUUUAUUCCUCAACGCGACGUCAGGAACGCAUGUUUAUUAUGAUAAGGAGACACAUGCAGGGGAGUCUUUAUUUUACCGAUUGGUGGCUAGAGACACUGGUCUUCCGUCCGCCGCACCUCUCUUGAAGUCUUAUGCGAAGGUGGAGCUUGUGACAAUUGCUGAGCUUAACAAUUUUAUCACUACAGAUCUGCCCCAGCAGGAAAUAGAUUUCUUAUGA